AUGACUUAUGGCUAUUAUCAAAAUGUACGCGGAUUAAGGUCUAAAACUGUAAACUUUUUUAAUCAUCUUACAUCAACCAGUUAUGAUUUAUUAGCACUCACUGAAACCUGGCUUUCUCCAGAUAUUUCUGAUAAUGAACUUUUCUCUAAUGAUUACAUUGUAUUUCGCAAAGAUCGGAGCUUUGAAACCCUUAAAUGUACCAAAGGUGGAGGAGUCGUUCUCGCUAUUAAAAACAAAUUUAAAUGUUCACCUAUUGAUUUAACACACAUAACUUCUAUUAUACCAUUGAUAGACAUACUAGGCGUAAAAGUCAACAUUUCACAAAAGAACUUCUACAUUUUUGUAGUCUAUAUUCCUCCAUCUAUCAGUUUUGAUGUGUAUGAGCAAUUUUUUACUAUUCUUAAUGAAUUUGAUUUAUGUCAUAAUGAAAAUGUUCUCUUAAUAGGUGACUUUAAUACGCCAUACUUCAAUACAGAAUUGCCUGAUAGAUUUAAAACUACCUUAAAUAACUUUAAAGAUUUUCACAACUUUACUCAAUACAACUCUAUAUUAAACAGCCACAAUCGUAUUUUAGAUCUGAUAUUCUCUGACUUUCAAAUCAUAGUUAACAAAUCCAAUGAUUCCCACCAUCCCGCAUUAGACUUCGAAUUUGUUAGUAAUCACUCAAAUUAUGAACUAUUUGAAAUGAAUGAUCAUUAUGAAGUUUUUAAUUUUAAGAAAGCGAACUUUUCUGUUAUGUAUCAGAUGUUAGUCUCUACAGAUUGGAGUUUCUUAAAUGAACAAGCAGACGUCAAUACGGCUUGCUCACUAUUUUAUGAGAAAUUAAAUGACGUAUUUGAUACUACUGUACCGAAAAUGAGAUAUAAAAACCACCGCUACAACUAUCCUCCAUGGUAUAAUAAAGAAAUUAUUCAGUGUAUUCGUAUGAAGUUCGCUUUGCACAAAAAGUAUAAAAAAUUCAGAUCGACGUAUUAUUAUAAUUUAUUUAAAGAUUGCCGUUCACGUUGUAAAAGUCGAAUUGCGGAAGCCUACAAAAGGUAUAUGUCCGAUAUAGAGUAUUCCAUUUCUAAAGAUCCAAAAAAAUUUUGGUCAUAUGUCCACAUGAAGAAAGGGGUAACACGUAUUCCAAGUUUAAUGCACUACGAAGACCAAGAACUUACUGCUCCAAUAACUAUAGUCAAUGCUUUUGCGAGUUAUUUUGAGAACGUUUUUUCCACCCCGGCUUAUGAUAACUCCACUUUGAAUAGUAUUCUUUCAAAUAAUUCUUUGAUUUCAAUCACUAAUGUAUCAGAAGAUCUAAUCUUAAAGGUAUUAAAGCAAAGCAAGAAUUCCUUCGCGCAAGGAGCUGACGGUAUUCCUAGUUUUUUACUUAAGGACUGUGCUAUUGUAUUUGUAAAACCCUUGUUUAAAUUAUUUAAUUUGAUUCUGACAACUUCUACAUUUCCAGAAAUGUGGAAAAUGGCUUGUGUUUGCCCGGUUCUAAAAAAAGGGGAUUCUACUGAAAUAGAGAACUAUCGUCCUAUUUCCCUUAUAUGCAAUUUUGCAAAAAUAUUCGAAACAGUCCUAUACAAAAGUAUUUACCCUUGCAUAAAACACCUAAUUUCAGAUCAUCAACAUGGCUUUAUUGAACAGAGGUCCACUGUGUCCAAUUUGGCAUGUAUCAGUCAAGUCACAGCUUCUGCUAUUGACAACCAUGGUCAAUUGGAUGUUAUCUAUAUGGAUUUUCAUAAAGCUUUCGACCAAAUUGACCACCACUUACUGAUUAAAAAGCUAGAUCUUCUUGGGAUCGAACCUAGGUCCACUGCUAUUUUUAUUAUUCAUAAACGACAUCACGGAAGUCAUAGCAACAAAUAA